AUGGCGGAGAGGGUGUCGAGACUGUCGACGGAGAUGGCGGCGGUGAUCUUCACGACGAGCCAGUGCCCGAUGUGCCACACGGUGACGAGCCUCUUCUCUGAGCUGGGGGUGUGCGCGGCGGUGCACGAGCUCGACAAGGACCCGCGCGGCCGUGAGAUGGAGCGGGAGGCUCGCCCGCGGCCUCGGCCGCGCGCCGCCCAUCCCCGCCUUCUUCAUCGGCGGUAG